CGAGUGUAAUACAGUAACAGAGGUACAUGUGUAUAAGUUCGUACUUGGAUGUGAUCCUCCAAUAUUACGCAAAUAAUACUUAGGCUAGUUCAUUGUCUUUGUAGUUUCUCAAAGAAGCCGGUGUUAUGACUCUAAACAAACUGAAGAACAAGGACAGGAGACGUGGUAGCAUGCCUUUUGCCAUGAACCAGCAAUAUCUGCACAGAUGCAGCAUGCCAGUGGAUGAACGAGACCUGCACAGCAACCUUCUGCCUUCCCUGCCCCAAGAAGACGUCUCGAACCUGGUCCGCUGCACAUCCUAUAACCCAGAGGAGAAGCACAGAGACAGUUGGGCAUCAGAUUCCUCUGAUUCGGUUAUAUCAUCCAGUAGUGACUGUGAAAGCAGUGUUUAUAAAGUCAUUAUUCUAGGGGAUCACGGUGUGGGCAAAUCCAGCCUGGCAAAGAUAUUUGGCAGAAUAGGGGAGGCUCCGGAAUCAGAAAACCCAGGGAAUACCUAUAACAGAUCAAUCAUUGUAGAUGGAGAGGAGGCUUCCCUUCUAGUGUAUGAUAUAUGGGAACAGGAUGACAGCAACUGGCUUCAGAAUCACUGUAUGAAAAUGGGUGAUGCCUACGUCAUUGUGUAUUCAGUAACAGACAAAGCAAGUUUUGAAAAAGCAUCAGAGUUAAGGAUUCAGCUAAGACGAGCCAGACAAACAGAAGAUAUCCCAAUUAUUCUUGUAGGAAACAAAAGUGAUUUAGUACGGUCGAGAGAGGUUUCAGUUGAUGAGGGUCGUGCAUGUGCUGUAGUAUUUGACUGCAAGUUUAUAGAGACCUCAGCAGCUCUUCACCAUAAUGUUGAGGAUCUUUUUGAGGGUAUUGUCCGGCAGGUUCGAUUACGAAAAGACAGCAAGGAGGACAAUGCAAGAAGAAUGGCGAGCAUUAAAAGGACAGAAAGCAUCAGCAAGAAGGCAAAACGAUUCCUGGGAAGAAUUGUGGCCAAAAACAAUAAGAAGAUGGCUUUGAAGCAUAAGUCAAAGUCCUGCCAUGACUUAUCUGUACUUUAAGCCUGGAAAAGAAACUCAUUGACCAGAUCUGUAUAACCAAUUGCCUGAUAUAAAUCUUCACUGAACUACAGUGAAAAGACAUGCUGAUAUGGAGUAUCUGGUGAUAAAUUAUCAAUCCAUCUUGGCAGAUACAUUGUGUUCUCCUAUCUUGCUGCCUUAAAUCCCACAGCCAAUGGAAGAAACACGGGAUAAGCCAUACUGUUGUGACUUGUUUUUCUUAGUGGCUUUUUUUUAAUCUGGAAGUAGUCCAACUGAAGUCCUUCAGCUGCCACUCAGCUGCAGACUUGUCAUUUUCUAGAGUGUUUCCAUUUCUGUAAUUUCUUAUUCAUGUUUCACUGUUAUACUACAGUGAUGAGCAUGUGGACAGUUUUAAAGAACAAUGAGAUAAUCAUUAAACCAUCUUAGACUGCAAUGUAAAAAAAAAACUUGAAAUGUGGUACGCAGGCCCGUAUCUACACCAUGUGAAGGAAAUAAUAUAUGUGAAAAGUCAAUAAAUUUUAUUUGUUUUUAUAAUAUAUAUUGAGAUUUACUCCACACAAGCAUUCAAAGGAGCAAUAAAAUGUAGCUGAAUGUUGCAUACUAGUAUUGUGUUCUUAUAUUAAUCUGCACCUUUGUUAAUUAUUAUUCAGCAAUUUGUUAUACGUUUACAUAUACAUUUUGUAAUACAAUUACAUUUUCGAUCAUUUU